AUGGAAGAGGAAGUUGGGUUUUCUCUUUUUCCCUCUUCUCUAGCCCAGAAUGCCAUUGCCGGGGAAGGAAUGGGGAUCAGUCACGAGCUAAUUAGUCUGGAUAUCAGCUCCCCUCAUGUCCCCGAUCUGACCCUGAUUGACCUCCCUGGCAUCACCAGAGUGCCUGUGGGCAAUCAGCCAGCUGACAUUGGAUAUCAGAUCAAAACGCUCAUCAGGAAAUACAUCUUUAGGCAGGAGACGAUCAACUUGGUGGUGGUGCCCAGUAAUGUGGACAUCGCCACCACAGAGGCGCUGAGCAUGGCCCAGGAGGUGGACCCCGAUGGCGACAGGACCAUAGGGAUCCUGACGAAGCCCGACCUGGUGGACAAAGGCACCGAGGACAAGGUGGUGGACGUGGUGCGAAACCUCGGGCUUGAGAAUGUCCUAUCCAGCGAGUAUGAGGAGAAGGUGCGCCCCUGCAUCGACCUCAUUGACUCGCUGCGGGCCCUGGGCGUGGAGCAGGACAUGGCCCUGCCCGCCAUCGCGGUCAUCGGGGACCAGAGCUCCGGCAAGAGCUCCGUGCUGGAGGCGCUGUCGGGCGUUGCCCUCCCCAGGGGCAGCGUGAGACUCGAAACCACAGUGAAGCUAACAGGCAGGCCUGUCUUGUCUGCGACUCUGAUGAGAAUGCCCCUUUUCCCCACCAAGCUGAUCCUCACUGGCUCAAAUCAAGCUUUCGGCAGGGCUGUGUUCCUUCUUGCGGCCCUAGGGCGCUUGCCUCUGGUAGGUUAUGAAACUAUCUGUAGGCAGAUCUGGAAAUUUGAAAACCAGUAUCGUGGCAGAGAGCUGCCAGGAUUCGUGAACUAUAAGACGUUCGAGAACAUCAUAAAACAGCAAGUCAAAAUCCUGGAAGAGCCCGCUGUGGACAUGCUGCACAUAGUAACUGAUAUAGUCCGGCUUGCCUUCUCAGAUGUGUCCGAGAAAAAUUAUAAGGAAUUUAUCAAUCUCCACAGAACCUCCAAGUCCAAAAUUGAAGACAUUAAACUGGAACAAGAAAGAGAAGCCGAGAAGUUCAUCCGACUUCACUUCAAAAUGGAGCAGAUUAUCUACUGCCAAGACCAUGUGUAUCGGAGCACACUAAAGAAGAUCAGAGAGGAGGAAGCAGAAGAAGAUAAGAAGAAUAAACCAAGCCGUUCAUCCGUUCAGCACAAUUCUCCGAAUGACUCCAUAGCCGAAAUCUUGCAACAUCUGAUGGCCUACCGCCAGGAGGCCAGCAACCGCCUGUCCAGCCACAUCCCUCUGAUCAUCCAGUACUUCAUCCUCCAGUCAUACGGCCAGCAGCUGCGGAAUUCCAUGCUCCAGCUGCUGCAGGACAAGGAGAAGUACAGCUGGCUCCUGAAGGAACGCAGUGACACCAGUGACAAGAGGAGGUUCCUGAAAGAGCGGCACGCGCGCCUGACACAGGCUCGGCACCGGCUCGCCAAAUUCCCUGGUUAAGCCGGGCUCUGUCCCGCCCGCGUCUCCACAGCAUGUCUGCAGGGCGUGGGGACCCGGUAGCUUCCCCCGCAGUCGCGCUUUUCUUAGUUCCCAAUUUCACGAAGUGGCCGGCUGUUGCCGUGCUCGUCCCAUAGUGAAGUCAGACCUUUUGGGAAGCUGUGGUGAGCGAUUGGGUUUCCAGCAUUGAAACUCAAGGCUCGCCCUUGGGAAGGCGAUAGGUUAGUUGGGACGGAUGAUGCCAUCUUCCUGGUUAGGGAAAAUGACGUCCCCCUCACAUGGUUCCUGCCCCCCGAGCUCUCUCCUGCCUUAUCAGAGACCCAUGCACAUGAGCAUCGUAGGAGCUAUUUCCUGGUUUUUCUCGACGACCUUUCACACAGCUGAUGUUUUAGGAUCAUUAGUGCCACGUGUGUGAAUGCUGUAGAAGCCAUACCUCAUUGAUUUAUAAUAAACUCUUUGAUAACAGA